ACUUAUGAAAUGGUACAACCUUAACCAGCGCUCGAAAGCCUUCGGCAGACAAGAAUGGCGAGCAUCUUCUCAAAAGUAACAGCGCAAUUGCAGCGCUACACGCAGCUAGCUCAUGCUGAUGAGAUUGGUAGCAGAAACAGAGGCCCAAGCGGCUCAGCACAGGCAGAGGCGCACCGCGGCGUGCCCGUGUUCGCGGUUCCCCUCCUCAUCGCGGCGGUGUUUGCGGUGUCGUCUGCCGCCACCGUCUUCAGCCUCAUGCCGGAGGUGCCCGCCAUCACACUCGCGGCCUGGCGCCUGCAGCUGACCUCCGUGCUCCUGGGCCUGGGCGCGGCGCACCAGUGGCGGGGCUUGUCCGCAGACGACCGCGCCCGCACCCUGGGCUCGGCGGCCUGGCUGGCCGGCAGCGGCGCCUGCCUGGCCGUGCACUUCGGCGCGUGGGUGUGGGGCCUGCAGCACACCAGCCUCACGCACUCGCUGCUGAUGGUGUCAGCGACGCCGCUGUUGCUGGCGGCGCUGGCCCUGGCGACCGGGUCUCCAAUCUCGAGGGGCGAGGUCGGGGGUGCGCUGCUGGGGCUAGCAGGCGCGGUGGUGCUGUCGGUCGGGGCCACCGGCGGCCGUGAGGCGCAGGCGGGUCUUGCGGGGGACCUGGCGUCCCUGCUGGCGUCGGCGGUGAUGGUGGGGUACCUGUCAGUGGGUCGGCGGCUGCGGCAGUGGAUGCCCAUCUUCAUAUACGCCUUCCCCGUCACAGGCUCUGCCGCGCUGGCGCUCACGCUAGGCGGACUAGCGUUGGAGCCGGUCACACUGCUGGGGAGUGGCAGCCAUGGCUCGCUGGGCUGGCUUACGUCGGCCCACUACGCGCCCUGGGUGCUGUACCUGGCGCUAGGACCCGGCAUCGUGGGGCACACAGGCUUCAACACGCUGCUGCGAUACCUGUCGCCGCUCACGGUGGCGCUGGCGUUCCAGAUGGAGCCGCUAGUGGGGUCGGUGAUCGGGUGGGCGGCGGGCGUCAUGUCGCCGCCAGGGGCGCUGACGUACGGCGGUGGGGCGCUGGUGGUCGUGGCAACGAUCUUUGUCACGAUAGCCAGCGCUGAUCGGGAGCGGCAGGAGGAGGCGGGCAAGGCCACUGCGGCCAAGCAGGAGCUGGUGCCGGCGGCCAGCUGGGAGAGUGAAGAUUGCGGGGCGGCAGGGGGGUUAGGGGGACCAGGGAGAGGAACGGCAGGGCAAGAGGAUGAGGAGGCGCAGCGGCUGCUGGUAGCUAGGGGCUCGCCGUCUUGAGGAUGAGUGAUGCGAGAACGGACCAAUACUUUGGGGCUGCGGCGGAUUUGCAGGUAGCGCGGGGUCAUGCGUACAAACGCUUCAGAAGCGGAAUGCAGUGAUCCGCCAAUUGGUAUGGUGCUGCUGCUGCUGCUACUGCCGCGGCCAGCGCCAUCGCCUCCACCUGCGCCUGUCUACGGAUGGGGGGACGUGGCCGUCGCAGGUCCUAACGUAGAUGGCUUCGGCAGCUUGAGUCGCGCUAGGAUGCGUGAGUUGGAUGUCUAGGACGUGGACAUGGCCGUGACGUGCACCAUUGUUGGUGCGCGUGCACCCAGCCCGAUGAUGGCCCCAGCCUGAGGGACAAGCGUGAUUCUGGUAGUACCCUGGCGGGGGCGGGGUCAAAACCCAAACCCGGUAUGGUUGGAGGGGAAAUCGGGGGCAACCGCGGAGGUGGGCCACGUUGCGUGGGGUCUUGCGUUGCAUGGGCACUCGCCGACAUUCCGACAUG